UCCAGUGAAUGGUUGGAGGAGGGUCGAGUGUCUCAGUCUCAGCGGUAGAUCCAUGAGCGAAGAAAUCAACGGCUGAAUUUUAUACAGUUAACCGGGACUGAGAGGAACCAUGCUGGAAUACAAAUCCAAAGGCUCAUUUACGACUCACAUCAGCUGGCAGUCUCUUCGGAGAGAGAUGUAAUGGCUUUAAGCGCUUUAGUGAUUCCAGACAGUCUAAUUGGAGUUUGCUACGUAGAUAGUUCCUAAAAGGAGGAAUGUGUUCGCCCACAAGGAUCUGAUAUCUGUUCACCUUUGACCUCUUUGAGGACAUAAUUGAAAUAUGGCAAGGUCUCGGUGACCUUAAGUAUCCCUGAAAGAAUCAACGGCAUGGUGUAAACGUAACAUUUGAAUACCAAAGAUACCUGGAAUAUAACCAUCUUCAACUGCAAAGCAGUAACCAUGGCAACCAAAUGUAAAGUCCAAUGGAAAGUAUCCAUGGAAACCACAAACUCUGUCUGGCUCUUGUUCGGGACCAUAUGGAUUUUUUUGGCUGGAGCUUUACAAGCAACCUUGGCGAGUGAAGAUGAUGUCACAGCACGCAUCAGUUUCACAUACAAUGCAGAAGGACGUUCUGUGAGAGAGUUCUCUGUGGAUGGUGUGUAUAACUAUUCAACGCUUUUGCUGAGCCCAGAUGAAAACAAGAUCUACGUGGGAGCCCGGGAGAACAUAUUCUCUCUCAGCCUGGACAACAUCAGCAUGACGUAUCUACAGAAAACACUCACAUGGAGCACUCCAGAAAGGAAGAGGAAAGAGUGUAUCUUUAAGGGAAAGGACCCACAGACUGAUUGUUUCAACUACAUCAAGAUUUUACUGCGUCUGAACAGCACACACCUGUAUGUGUGUGGAACGUAUGCCUUCAGUCCCAUCUGUGCUUACAUUAACAUUUCAAGUUUCUCUCUGGAAAGAGAUGAAAACGGGGUACACGUUAUGGAGGACGGACGUGGACGCUGUCCAUUUAAUCCAGAAUACAGAUCUACAGCUAUUACAGUGGAUGGGGAACUGUACACUGCUACUGUCAGUAACUUCCAGGGAAAUGAACCCACCAUAUAUAGGAGUCUAGGGUCGGGCACCCCUCUCAAAACGGAGAACUCUCUCAACUGGCUCCAGGACCCAGCGUUUGUAGGUUCUGCACAUAUUACGGGUUCAGACAGUGAGAGAAGUGAUGAUCAGAUCUACUUUUUCUUCAGCGAGAUGGGGAAGGAGUUUGACUUCUUUGAUAACACCAUAGUGUCCAGGAUUGCACGUGUGUGUAAGGAGGAUCAAGGUGGGGAGCGAGUCCUGCAGAAGAAAUGGACCACAUUUCUGAAAGCUCAGCUCUUGUGUUCGCUACCGGAUGAUGGCUUUCCUUUCAACAUCAUACAGGAUGUAUAUGUGCUUCCAGCCCAACACAAGAAAAACACACUCCUCUAUGCAGUCUUCACUUCACAGUGGAGUAAAGGUCUAGCAGGCAGUUCAGCAGUGUGUGUGUUCAGCAUGGAACAGGUAGAAAAAGCAUUUAAUGGCCGUUACAAAGAAGUGAACCGAGAGACACAACAGUGGUACACACACACUCACUCUGUACCUGAACCACGACCUGGAAUGUGUAUAACUAAUGCUUCAAGGCAGCUGGGAAUAGACUCAUCCCUUGAUAUGCCAGAUAAGGUACUGAACUUUGUGAAAGACCACUUCCUGAUGGACAGUCCUGUCAAAAGUCAGCCUGUGCUCUUCACACACUCUGUGCACUACACACAAAUCGCUGUGCACCAUGUGCAAGGCCUCCACGGAGCUUACGAUGUGAUGUUCAUCGGCACAGAUGAUGGACGUUUGCAAAAAGCUGUGAAUGUAGCAGGUAUAAUGCACAUCAUUGAGGAGAUCCAGCUGUUCCCAGAGAAACAACCUGUACAAAACAUAGAGCUGGAUUCAGCUAAGGGUUUGUUAUUUGUGUCGUCACACUCUGGUAUUGUGCAGCUGCCAGUAGCAAACUGCAGUUUCCAUAACAACUGUGGCGAGUGUGUUUUGGCCAGAGACCCAUACUGUGCCUGGACAGGCACACACUGUACUGACGUCACACGUAUCCCGCCACAAAACCAAUGGCAGCAGGAUAUUGAAAAGGCAGACACUUUAAAAUGUAACAGCACAAUGUUUAGUGUGGACUCUGAGAGCUCAGUGCUACCACGUUCUUUCUCAAGUUCCCAAGAAUCUGAAUGCGAACUCGUUAUCAUCCCAGCUAAUACUCUUCGCCUGCUACCCUGCAAUCUUCGCUCCAACCAUGCUCAUAGGCAAUGGUCAUACAAGCCAGAUGUAGGUCACUUCCUGUUCCCAAGCACAGAUGGUGGGUUGGUAGUCAGUGGCAGAGCAGGCAGCGAUGAGGUCUUCUCGUGUUGGUCAGAAGAACAUGGCUUCAGGCAACUCCUGGCUAAUUACUGUGUGAAGGCAGAGCCUUUUUCUGAGUCUACAACCAAUACUGGGCGGAUGGAUACGCAUCUUAUAAUCCAAAGUAUUUCAUCGGACGUUUUGUCCAGUGAAACGGCCCGCUCCGCUCAAAUGCGCAUAAAGACGUACGGCACAGAGCUGGCAGUAGUGUGUGUGCUGUUAGCUGUUUGUGUGCUUUCGUUUGGGCUCUCUGUAGCAUAUCGACACAGGGGCCGGAUGAAGGAGGUACUGAGAGGAGGAGAACAAACUGGAGGAGCCCAAAAAAGCACAGUCAGGCCUGGGGAGAGUUUACCCCUCAAUGCUGGUGCGCUUCCAACCUCCCCAUCCGACCACAAGAGCUACCAGACGUUGGAGGAAAGCUGUGGUUAUAUAAUUGCUUCAUCAGAGACAAGCACGCAGAACAACUCCAAAGAAGCACAGACGCUCGCCCAAACACCACAGAAUGGCUUUAAAGAGAGCCAUGUGGAAGUCAGUGACAUUUGCCCUCGGCCACGAGUACGACUGGGCUCUGAGAUCAGAGACUCUGUGGUAUAAAAUACUGAGUUUGUAUAAUUUACACAUAAACAAUCUAACAUUCUUAAUGUUCACUUGGUACAUUCAAUGGGCAGCUUUCUUGAAGACUAAGCAUACUGAGCCCUGAGCACAAAAGAAUUGAUGGUACAUGCUCAGUGUGCGUAUUGCCAAAUUGUAGUUGUUUAAGACAAUGCCCUCAAAUCUGCUCCCACAUCUCCUUCACUCUUCAGUGUUAAACUUUAAAGUGAUAGUUUGUGUUAAUAUGAGAAAGAGUGCUGAUACAUUAGAGAGCGAAACAACAAUCCAAGGAAGAGUGGACCAGAUGGAUUAACAGGAGAGAGAUGGGCACUGAGCCUUGUGUUGUAUGACUGGUACUGGUGCUAUUAUCACUGCCAAGACAAAGAGUAAUGAUGCCUCACUCAAGGUGAGAAGACUGUUCUAUAUGUCUGUUUGUAUUCCUUUGCUAUUUUUGUGCAAAGGUUCAAUGCGGUACUUUAAUUUUAAAAUUUGACUAUGAAACCCAUAGCCCAUACUCUGCAGAUUCUCAUUAUACCAGCAUUAAACACCAGGCAGUUCAGGCCAGAUAGCUUGUUGGUGUUACUUUCUCAACAGUUUAGAAUUCUGCUGUUAUUUCUAUUUAUUCCCCUUUUUUGUUUCUAUUUUUGGUAAUCGUUUAAUUUCUUAGUGCUUUUUGGGACAUAGUAUGUUUGUGUUUUCUCUUCUGUUCAUGUUAGUAAAGUGCCUGGUGUUAGAGGAGUAGUUCACUUCCAGAACAAAAAUUCACAGAUAAUUUACUUACUCACCCCUUGUCAUCCAUGUUCACGUCUGUCUUUCUUCAGUCGAUAAGGAAUUAUGUUUGUUGAGGAAAACAUUUCAGGAAUUAUCUCCACAUAGUGGACUUCAAUGGUGCCCCCAAGCUUGAACUUCCAAAAUGUAGUUUAAAUGCAGCUUCAAAGGGCUUUAAACGAUCCCAGCCACGGAAGAAGGGUUUUAUCUAGCAAAAUGAUCGAUCAUUUUCUAAACAAAUUUCUGUACUUUUCACCUCAAACGCUUGUCUUGUCUAGCUCUGUUUUUUCCAGUUCAAGACAGUUAGGGUAUGUCAAAAAACUCCCUUCUCAUUUUCUCCUCCGACUUCAAAAUUGUCCUACAUUGCUGCAGAAGUACCGACCCAGUGUUUACAGUGUGAACAUGCAAAGAUCAUCAAACAGCAGGUAAAACAGCAAUGUUGAAAAAGUUUUGAAGGUGAAGAAGAAAACGAGAGUUUUUCGACAUACGCUAGCUGUAUUGACCCGAAUUACACAGACUACACAUGCACAUCUCAGAGACGAGACAAGAUGAGCAUUUAAGGUUAAAAAGUAUAUAAAUUGUCAAUUUGUUUCGAAAAUGACCGAUCAUUUCGCUAGAUAAGACCCUUCUUUCUCGGCUGGGAUCGUUUUGAGCCAUUUGAAGCUGCAUUUAAACUGCAUUUUGAAAGUUUAAACUUGGGGGCACCUUUAAAGUCCAAUAUAUGGAGAUAGUUCCCGAAAUCUUUUCCUCAAUGAACAAUUUUUUUACGACUAAAGAAAGGGAGAAAUGAACAUCUUGGAUGACAAAGGGGUGAGUAAAUUAUCUGUCGAUGUUUGUUCCGGAAGUGAACUAAUCCUUCAAAUAAUGGUAUAAUGUGUACCGGAAAUAUUAAAUGUGGAGUAAUUAUGAAAAAAAAAAAUUGCUUUUAGGUAAAAUGUAGCAAGCUUGUUUCUCGUUAAGAAACUUUGUUUCUUAAUACCCUUGAAUGUACAUUUGAAGAGUUAUAUGAAAAUGUAAAGCACAAACUUGAGAUAGUUUUGCCUCACAGGUUGGUGUUUAUUGUGUUACAGAAUAUAGUUGGAGUCUAAACAAGCAGAAGCAAGAUAAUGAUACUGUAUAAUAAUACAAUAUAAUAAUAUUACAGUAUAAACUCUAUGCUUGGCAUUUGGUAAAGAGUGAGAUAAAAGGAGUGUCUUAACAGUGAGAAAAGUGGGAAAAGCCUAAAAAUGUGUGUAAAUUUACAAUCUGUUUUAGGGUGAUAAAAGAAAAUGUAGAAGAACAUAACAGGUUACGUUCAUUUAUAGUUAUCCAGACUUCAAAUGCACCCUCUCUCACACAAACACACCCAUGCACUAACGUUGCUAUUAUAGACAUCCGUUCCACUUGGAAAAAUCUUUUUAAUCCACAUUAACCGUGACAUGUUUGAUGUUGUUUAAUCAUGUGUUACAUUCCACUGUGUUUUCAGCUUGUGUGUUUUGAAUGGAAAAUGUAAAGUAGAUUGUGAUCUUUUAUACUUUUACACUGUUUUACUGUUGUUUUACAUUGUACAUUCACGCACUUUAUUUUUUCUACCAGUAUUUGUAAGCUGUAAAAUGAGGUAGGCCACUGUCAAAAUCCUGGUUUAAUAUUGUAGUCAAGGUUUGUACAUUAAUGAAGAGAUAAAAAUAGGUCUGAAAGAGUGUCUCCACUGUCUGACAUGCAAAAUAAAAUUUUGCAUAAACUCAAA